UUACAACCAACGGACAUUCGAAUCUCGCAUCAAUUCACACUUCGCUAAUACCAUGGAGCAGGGUGCAGCAGCAUCAAAAUGGGCACGACAACCAUCGAGCGACGAAGAAGAAACACAGAGAAAGAAGAAGAGGGAAAAGCGUUUCAAAAAGUCAAGGGAUUCGCCAGCAUUCCGUGAGGGCAGUGGGACACCGACCUCCUCGGCCAGCGGACGCACCCCACGCGAGGCGGACCAACAUCGGGACUCUGCCCUCAGAUACGAGACGACUGUGCGCUCCGAAUCAGUGGAGCCAGCUGAAGUGGAUAAUUAUGUCCGCGCUGGAUCAGCAGUAUCAACACCUAGAGAGUCGGUAUUGGAGUCUUCGUCUCAGAUGCAGGAGUAUCGAAUCACAAUCCCUGAUGCACCUCAGCACCCAGUCCUGGCAGGAUGCCGAAGUGUCGAAAAUUACGAGAAGCUAAACAGGAUCUCGGAGGGCUCUUAUGGGGUUGUCUAUCGGGCAAGGGACCGUAUCACAGGCGAAAUUGUGGCACUCAAGAAGUUGAAGCUGGAUCAGGAAAAGAAUGGGUUUCCAAUCACCAGUUUGCGCGAGAUUUAUACGCUCUUGUUGGCCAAGCAUCCCCAUAUCGUCAACGUGCGCGAAAUCGUUGUAGGCGACAAACUAACACAGAUCUUCAUUGUAAUGGACUUUAUUGAACACGAUCUGAAGGAGCUAAUGAGCACUAUGAAGCAGCCUUUCCUGCAGUCUGAAGUAAAGACAUUGAUGCUGCAACUUCUCUCUGCAACGGAGCUGCUCCACGAGAAUUGGAUCUUGCACCGCGAUCUGAAAACAUCCAAUCUUUUGCUGAACAAUCAAGGCGAGAUCAAAGUGGCAGAUUUCGGUCUGGCUAGACGAUACGGAGAACCUCAAGGAUUGAUGACACAGCCAGUCGUUACUCUUUGGUACAGAGCGCCAGAACUGCUUCUUGGGUCGAAGCAAUAUACCACCGCCAUUGAUAUAUGGUCAAUAGGAUGUAUCUUUGCGGAAUUUGUCAAUAAUGAGCCUUUACUACCCGGUCGAAGCGAAGCAGAGCAGCUAGAAAAGAUCUUCAAGUUGCUUGGCGUACCAAAUGACAAGAUCUGGCCAGGAUAUUCAAAACUGCCCUUUACGAGCCAUGUACCGAACUUUGUCCAGCCUUAUAAUUUGCUCCGCUCCCGGCUUCCGUACUUAACGGAAAACGGCCUAGACCUCAUGUCAAGAAUGUUAACUUACGACCCUGUGCAACGCAUUACGGCAGAAGAAGCACUUCAGCAUCCCUAUUUCUCGGAAGCUCCUCCACCGAAACACCCUUCCAUGUUUCCGACGUGGCCAUCCAAAGGCGAAAGGACUGCAAAGCGCAAUGCAUCGCCCUCAGCGCCGCAGGCUGCUCAUGGACAUGGUCAGGAUGAAGACGAGGCACCGGGCGGGAUAUUCAACUUUGCGAACCAAGAGUCGACUGGUUUCCGACUAAAAGUAUAAAAUCCGAAUUCCUGUUGGCCUGUCCUUCAAAUAAAAAAAUGGAA